CGUUUCGGACUGCUCCACUUGCAAGCCCACACGGUGAUCGAAUCUCAGGAAACACCCAGGAUGAGCAACAAAGAUAACCCGGACCAGCCACCGGACGUCCAAUCAGGACAGAGGAACCAUGGGGAAGCGAGGUGCAAAUGUCCUCCCACAGAAGCCAAAUCAAAGACGGAUCCGACACACGAGAGGACUGAUGCUGCGCCGAGGCCACCCGCCACACCCCAGGGCCCUCCCAAAAAGCAAGAAAACGUUCCUCCAAAUUCAAACGAAACCAAAGCUUCAGAAUCGACGGCGCUGUCGAGUUCUGCCAGACCCCUCACCACCCGUCCCGCGAGGCACAGCGCUCCGACUUUCUCCAAGCCGGCCAGCGAAGCGUGCAUCAACCUGCGCCGGUCCAACAGCGACAAGCCCAGUCCGUACACCCUGGCACCGAGGGUAGCAGAAGGACGGAGCAUCAGCGUCCCUCCGUCUCCGACGCCGGACCAGAAAUUCAAGAAGCACGAGUAUGGGUCCAAUAAUGGAGUGGCUCAGUCGGCAUCGAGUUGCUCCGACCUCUCGCUCGGGUCCGAGUCCGUGCACCGAACCGUUUGCGCGGGUCUUGUCCCCUUGUCCGUCUGCUUGGACACAAAGCACAAGGCCCCCCCCAAGGUGCGCUCGGCGGUUAAGUCGGAGAACAUCGGCUUGAAGCCAAACGGCGCUUCCGGCGAUCACCACGACAAGGAAUCUUCCGGCGUGAAGGGACGACCUCCGACACCUCCCUCGUGCUUUCCCAGAGUCGAUAGGUCCGAAAGAGAUCCGUCGAAUCGUGAGGACCGCCUCGCAACGUCGGAAUACCAUGAGCCUCCGUCGCCGGAAGUUCGUGUCGUGAUGCCGUCAGCUGCGGAUCAGGAGCUUCCGUUGUCCUCGAGGCUCGAGCUGUGUGUGGUCAGUUCGUCGGUGAACAGCAUAACGUGCUCAUCGGACUCUGAUUCCCAUGAGAGUGCCAAGGGGGGAUUUGGCCUCACGGACUCGGAUUCCGCACUGAGGGUGCAGUUUGCGACGUCGGGGGUGCGGGACCGGAGGGACAGUGCCAGCUGCCUGUCUCUGAUCCACGGUCAGAUGAUACCCAAGUCGGUGUCCUUUCACAGUGGUACCAGUCUACCGGCUGAGCGCAAGAUUUGCAGUGCCCAUGACUGCCUCCAGUUCAUGAUCACGGGAAGUAGCCUGCUCAAGGUCAGGGCAAGCUCUCGUCAGUACCGGCGCUACUUCACGCUCGAAGAAGAUCUGUCGGCCAUUAAGUGGGUGCCGUCUUCCAAAAAGUCCAACAAGGCCCGACUGUCGAUACGCUCGAUCCGCGAGAUCCGGAUCGGGAAGAGCACAGACGUUCUGCGUGACAAGGAAGUGGCUGGAAGUUACUCCGAGGACUGCGUGUUCUCCGUUGUUUACGGAGAAAAUUUCGAGUCACUGGACCUUGUGGCGUCGACGCCGGACGAGGCCAACUUCUGGGUGACCGGACUCAACAUGCUCAUCGCCGCGAAUCGAUCUCCCGACAACAUGGACGAGCGGCAGAGGAUGAGAGAAAAAUGGCUGCAGGAGAUGUUUGAAAAGGCCGACACUGAGCGCAAGGGUCUUCUCGACGAAGUGGAGACCAUCGCAUUGGUGCAGAAGCUCAACAGACAGCUGAGCACGGUGCGACUCAAGCAGAAGAUUAUGGAAUUCGACAUGGGCAAGACGGAGCAGGACCGAGGGAGGAUAGACCGGUCUCAGUUCGUGAGUCUCUUCAAGGAACUGGCGACCAGGCCGGAAGUCUACUUCCUCAUGGUCAGGUACUCUGGGAAGGACUACCUGACUGUGGAAGACCUCCAAUUUUUUCUGGAAGGAGAGCAAGAGUUUGAAAACGUUGGUGUGGAGGAUUGCUUGGACCUGAUCAAGCGUUACGAGCCUUCGGAAGAGGCUCAGAGAAAUGGGCAGAUGCUCCUAGACGGAUUCACAUUGUUCCUACUGUCCGACGAGUGUGACCUAAUGGACCAAGCGCACAGGGGCGUCUUCCAGAACAUGGAGUACCCACUCUGCCAGUACUUCAUCUCCACCUCGCACAACACAUACUUAAUGGAGGAUCAGCUGAAGGGGCCAUCGAGCGUGGAAGGUUAUGCCCAUGCGCUCAGUCAAGGAUGCCGUGUAGUCAAAGUGGACUGCUGGAACGGCACGAGCGGACCGGUGGUGUUUCACGGAAACACGCUGACCGGAAAAGUCCCGCUGGCCGACGUUCUGGACACCAUCCGGGAAUUCGCCUUCGCCGCUUCGGAGUAUCCUCUGAUCCUCCACCUCGAGAACCACUGUUCGCUCGAGAACCAGCACGAGGUUGCCGCUCUCUUGGAGGAGAGGCUCGGCGACCUCCUCUACGUGCCGGGCCGGGACGGCGGCAACUUUUCCACGAAGCUGUCUCCACAGUCUCUCAAGAGAAAAGUGCUCAUCAAGAGCAAGAAGCUUCCGGAAGACUCGGAUGAUGCCGAGGUGUCGGAGGAGGAUGACUUUGUGGACAGCAACAGCGGCUCUUCCGAGUCCACCAAGAAACUCAAGCUGUGCAAGUCUUUGUCCAACCUGGUCAGCCUGUCCAGAAUUUCUUUCACAGAUUUUGGAACCGCGCAUCAAUCUCAAGCGGAGCACGAGGUGUGCAGCUUCAGCGAGACCUCGGCCCUGAAGCUGGGGCAUGCGCUGGCGGACGAGGUGGCCAGCCACGCACGCCGCUUCCUGGCCCACGUCUCGCCCAACGCCAGCCGUGUCGACUCCAGCAACUACAAUCCCCUCGACCUGUGGGCCUGCGGAAUCCAGAUGGCGGCUAUGAACCUCCAGACGUCGGGCGUCUCGAUGGACCUUCACCGCGGCUGGUUCCAGCAGAAUGGUGGCUGUGGCUACGUGCUCAAGCCGGCCUGCCUGCGCCAGCCGUGGUCGGUCUUCAACGCCUAUCGCCGGGAGACGUUUUCCGACACCGAGCCCCUCUACCUGCGAGUUAAGAUCAUCAGUGGGCAGCAGCUACCUUUGCCGCGGGGUGCUUCGAGCAAGGCUACCGCCAUAGACCCUUACGUGACUGUGCAGAUCUAUGGGAUUCCGACCGACUGCGCCGAAGCCAGGACAAAGACGGUGUCUAACGAAGGACACUCGCCAAUCUUCGACGAGAGCUUCGAGUUCACGGUGGCAGCCCCCGAGUUGGCCAUUCUUCGAUUUGCCGUCCUGGACGACGAGUUCAUCGGCGACGACUUCAUCGGCCAGCACUCGGUUCCUGUUUCCAGUCUGAAGACAGGCUAUCGUCACGUUCAGCUGACAUCCGAUACAGGGAAGGCGCUCGAGAACUCUUCGCUGUUUCUUCACGUCACCAUGAGCACGAGGUCGGGUGACAAAAAGUUGAAGCGGAAACGGUCGUGGCAGAAUCGCACUCAAGCGGAGAUGCGUCACAUCGGACUUCGCAACCUGGACGAGGCCUGCAAGGGAGCAGCGGGUGCGCUGAGCGACUGCCAGCGGCUGAAGGGCUCCUUGGACCGAGCGAUGCUGGAGUGCUGCGAGGAGUGCGGCCUGCCGAGCAGCGCCAACCUCGCCCAGUGCCUGAGGGCUGCCGCGCUGAGGCUGGCCUCUGCGCCCGAAGUCCUCGGUCUGAACAUCCAGGAGGACAAAGGGUGUCCUGUUCUCAAAGUGCAGGGGGAGCUCACGGUAAAGGCAACUAAGCUAGUCUCUGCUUUCGAAAAGGUGCUGACAGAGUGCAAGACGAUUUCCGAAACUUCGCAAGGCGUCUUCAAAACUCUGAACGAGCUCCACAAGACCAUGAAGAGCCAUGCAGAGGACUUGAAUGGCCUCUGUGCUGCAGUGGGACUCAAAGGAAAGAAAGCUGAAAAGGCUGCUGAGCAUUUCGUCUGGAAUGCUAGCAUUGUAGAGGCGAGGAUGGACAUGCUGAGGAAAGUGGACCACGAAAGUUUGCUGUGUAUGAAGCAGGUUCUCCGGCUAGGACCGACGGCACGCCGACUGUUCCAGCGCGAACGCGAUGGCUCUUCAUCACGCAGUCACGGCUCCCUGAGCGGAGGCAGCAGCAACACCCUGUCUCCGCCCACGGGCGGGGCGAACACCCUGAGUUGUCCUCAACCGCCUCCCCCGACCCCCACGUCGCCGGGCGGAACGGACCUCCGCAUCAGGGGCAUCCUCAAGAAGACCAUGAACCAGCCGUCGUCCCUCAGUUGCCUCGACACGACUUCCAUUGGCGACACGUCCAACGGCGACUCUCUGGCACCCUCGCCUUCGCCGCGAAUGAAGGAACCACCCAUGGCCCCUGAGUUCGGGACGUCACUCUAGCCGCGCAAUGUGGAGUGAUUCCAGGUGACUCCAAGUGACUCAAGGUGACCCCAGGAGGCUCUAAGUGGCUCGACAUCACUCGAGGCUAUGCCUCAACAUUCGUGGGGUUGCCGAUGCCCGUUCUGACUCUGCGGCGAUGGGUGUUGAGAUGCGAGAAGACGACGCUGACCGUGACACGCCUUUCGAGGGCAAUGGCACUGGCGACGUAACCUAAAAGAAAAUGGCGUCGAAAGGCUUCGGGGGUGUUCUCAGUCGGGAUUCGCAAGAUUGGGUCGGUAGCCAUCGUGUUUGUCGGAGUGCGAGUUGGGGCGUUCGAGCGCGUUUGAGAGCAUGAUUCGGGGAGGUGUGUGUCGGAGGCAAACGGUAGAGUGGUGAGAACUCUGUCCUAGGCAGGUGUGCAAGUGUCGUUGCAUAGUACAAAGGCUUUUAUCCGUCGCAGACGCGGAAGCGGAACGUUAUCGCAUUUUGUGCAGUACUGCUGCGUCGGCUGUCCGUUUCCAGCUAGAAAAUCUGGAAUGCGCUGUCGGCGUGUUAUACAGAGUCGGCGUAAGCGGUUGCCGCGGAAGUGUCGUCAAAAGACGUCUUCGUCACUUCGUCCCUUCGUAACACACCGGCUUUUGGUCCCGUUUUGAAACGAGGCAUUGACGUUUUGAGGGGAGCCGUUUGCAAAGUUUGGAAUCGUGAAGUUUGUGUCCGACACGUGGGCGUGCGUGGGUGGCGGGCUCCUCGGACCGUGUACAUAAUGCAAGGGCAACGCUUAAGACAAAGAGGCGGAGGAGCAAUUUCUUGUUGCAGUUCCCGAGUUUUGCCCGAGAGUGUUCAUUCCUGCGCGUCGUCUUCCGUGUGACUUACCCUUGGCUUCUCACAAAUGCCCUGGAUAGCUCAUGUUUGUUUGUUUGCGUUUUUACCGCAUGUAAAUAGUUUAAAGUUUAGAAGUCGUUGUCCGCGGUGCAGUUUCUGGAGGCGGUGACAGAAGUCGACGCGUUUAGGGUAUGGGGCGCUGUAAAUAAUACUAGCGGAUGAUAGUUGUUUUCGCUCCUCCUCCAUAAUUUAUUUCUCUAGCUGCGUUGGGGGUUUUCUCUUGUCCCCGUCGCGUCCGACUCUGGUAAAAGGAAAUACCGUUUCCACGGUGUGUACCGUCACAAUUGACAUUGUCGUGUGGGGUUGGCAACAUCUUCAAUCUCUGGUCGUCGUCUGAGUAAUGGCGUCAGCUCAAGUUUGGAACGUUCAAUCAGUUCUUUUUUUCCAGGUUAAAGGCCCACGGAAAGACCACCUUAGCGGUACUUACGAGAUCAUAAGAGUGAGCGUGUCACCGACGACAAGAGGGUACUGAUCCGGACGCCCGAAUCAAAACCGGCGGCGUCCCUUUAACGUAACGGUGUCGAAGCGAAUUCGUCACAACUGCAGGCGACCGUUUUGCGACUCACGAGGUCCGUCCCUUGAUAUCACCGCAUUGUUACCAUUUCUUCCCUGAAAGUAUUGUAUUGGUUAGAACACAGCCUCUCUAUCCUUGUUAUUGGGCUCGUCCACUGUAGUAUAAAAAAGAAGUUUGUUACUCAACAGCAACAUAGAUUCAGAAUGAUCGGUAGUAACGCACACCACCAAGGCCAUUAGGUAGCUCGUCGUCUUGCCUGAAAUGCAGAGAUGUCUUGAGGUAUUCAAAAGCCCAGGGUUUGUAGCUCUUUUGUGGCACUCUUUUGGAACCGUGUUUUUUGCACUGUUGUCUCGUGUGCUUGCUGCCACAUCGAGCGUAGAUCGCACCGUCACUGACUUUGGCCACGUUUUCGAAGCUGCGUGGCUGAGCAACAAGUGCACCGUGCCUCGAUUGUAGCUAGCACAUAGCUGCAGUGCUAAGUCAGCAUACGUUUUGUGGUGGGCACCUAGUUUUCUGGUAGGCUUAACAAAAGGCACUUGCGUUCCCAAACUGUCUGGUGGUUUACAGGGCCUACUAGGUGACUCCAUUGCAUAGUCUGUGUUAAGAAGCUUUUCUCUCAGAUUUGAGUCGUAAUUUCUUCAGCUUGAGGGACGAUCUCAUUUCUAAAUGACCAAAGGCAAGCAAGUUGGUGAAUUCCAAGUGAGCUGAAUCCAAAGAUUGCUUUCUUGCAUCUCAGUUAUCUUCUCCCAAAGUUUGUGCAAAGGAAGCUUCUUGUUUCUCUGUGGAUGUGUGCAAGGAGGAGAUUUUCAGCCUUGCAAAAGAAUAUUUUAUAGGUUGGCCUUUAACGAUUUGAAGUAUUUGUGUCAAGCAACUGGAUCAGACAUUGUAAAAAGAAAAAUCUUCCUUAUUGUUUGGUUGUUAAAAAUGCUGUAGAUGGGAACCGUUUUAUUGUCGACGAAUACAGUGCUCACGAAUUGGACCAGUGGAGCGCAUGGCCCCGUGUAGGUACAGAGACUCUGGAAAUUACUAGAUUGAUCAAUCGGUAGAGCCAUGUGGUUAUUCUAAGCUAGAGUAACUGUAUAUGCUAGAUGUAUACAUUUUAUGAUUGCAUACACUCCUCAAGCGAAUCAUGCGCAGUUACUCGAGCGAGGCCAUUUGCGGCGCUGGUCCAUUUCGUUUUGUUGAGCACUGUGUACUCGUUCAGUGGCUGCUGUGCUAAAAUGACAUUAACCAUCUGCUGCAAACCAGGUUAGGCACCCAAACUGUUUUGUCGCCUUAACUUUAACCCAGUUUAGCCAAGUUUUGCCACAAUUUAAGAACUAAAUCUCAUAAUAUGCCACAUAGCUCUGUCUCGACGGUAUCUUGCGUGGCACUGAGGAAUGAAUUAAUGCAAUAUGCCCAUUGUAGCUAAAGGCUAAAUGUGCACCCUUCAACAGCCUGCACAGAGUACUCCAAGUACAGACUACAUCGAGAACAAUAAGGCUCAAUUUGACUCGAAGCAGGAACCCAUUGGCUCUGCUUUUACUUAGAGCCUGUUUAGAAGGGAUGUCUUUUCUGCUGUUGGAUCAUGUCACAACUUUGUUUCCAACUUUAUGCAAGGCUGUGAGUUCUGUUAAAAUUGUGGUUUGCUUUAUACAUUCUGUUCUUGUCUUGGCCCCAUGUAAAUUGUUCAUUCGACCGAGCAACACAAUAGUGCAGAAUACUGUGGGAACUCCGAACGUGUUCCCUCCUCUGCGUCCAAGCCCAAGGGCACGCAAGGUCUCAUUCCCCCCUAGUCUUGGGAAUUUUCUGGGUCCCGUCUGCAAACAGAAGAAUGCUAGUCGCUCCUAGUAGUUGUUACCAGUGGAAUGCUAGUCUGCUGCUUUAAUAUUUUUUUUUCUUCGGUUUUGGUUUUAAGGAUUACUUCGUUUGAAGUGCUUGUAGGUGGUCUGGUUUUACUAGAUCGGCUCUGCUCUCUCUCUCUCCGUGAACGUGCAGGUUUGUUCCCCGAUGGCCAGUCACAAGGAAACGUGUCAGCAAGCGUUUGCUAUAACAAAGCCAGCCUUGCUACUCAUGAGCAAUGUCCCUUUUUUUUUCCUCGGUAAUUGUUACUUUUGUUAAUGCUGUCGGCCGUUCUGGCCCUAGCUCUCUGCGAGUGCUUUUUGCUAACCGACUCAGUUAGGGCUAAGGCCGGGGCGACAUGUGAUAUACUUUCCCAUUCCACAAAGUUGUUCUUCGUCAACCUCGCUUGGCGUUAUUUCAAGGUCACUGACGGAAAGCGGUCCUUGCGCUGUACCGUUUGCGGCGAAACACCGUAGAGUUGGUAAUGUUACGGCUUCAGAAGAGGUAUAUUUACGGAACUUUAUCGAUAUGAAUAGGUAGGCUAGUUAUUUACGUUAGUUGAAAAGAAAGCUGGUCAUUUGUUGCGGAGGCCCACACGAAGAGAACUACUAUACAAGGCUUUGUCAAUUUUGCCUCAAUUGGCUUCAAGGUGCAUGCCUGAGAAUUGUUUUCACAGGUACAUUGCGGUUUUUAGGCCAAAGACUAUGGUGAAGCCAGAAUUCCCAACAUUGUGCAGGGCUGUACGCUUCGGCUUUUUACCGCGGUGCUGUGUCGGGAUAUAAACAAGAAACUGUGUUAAAAAAUUGUUUGGUCAACAUUUUUUUUUUUUGUUCCAAUAUAGUUGCCAUGUUAUGUACAAAUUUAGAUGCUAUACCAGAAGUUUUCUUCGAAGACAAGAGUCUUUAGCAGGAGCAAUCGAAAUGUGGUGUCUCAGAAGUUAAUGUUGUGCUACUCACAAAACUGUUGGUGUUACCAAGAGAACAAAGAAAACCUAAUGGAAGAACUUGUUCCCCCCCCUUUUUUUUUUCUGGAUCUCCGUGUAUGUGCAUGUACGCACAAUAUGGGUGUGCUGUUCAUAUAUUUAUAUAGGUAUAUAUUGAACAAAAAUAUAUCAUGCGCACGCUCGUGACUAAAGGUUAUAAGAUUUGGAGUUGCAUUGCCGCUCGCAAGAACACAGGAGCAUAACUUGUUGCUUACAAUGUUGUUGAAUAAAUAAAUGGCCCUUUUAAUGGUGAAAAA